AUGGCUGCAGUGAAAGCAGCAGCCUCCGCCUCCAACAGUACAGACAUUACCGACGGCACAGACGGCACCGACAGCACAGACAGUACCGACAGCACAGACAGUACCGACAGUACAGACAGCACCGACAGUACAGACAGCACCGACAGUACAGACAGCACCGACGGCACCGACGGCACCGACAGCACAGACAGCACAGACAGUACCGACAGUACAGACGGCACCGACAGCACCGACAGUACAGACAGUACCGACAGUACCGACAGCACAGACAGUACCGACAGCACAGACAGUACCGACAGUACAGACAGUACCGACAGCACAGACAGCACCGACAGUACAGACAGCACCGACAGUACAGACAGCACCGACAGCACAGACAGUACCGACAGCACAGACAGUACCGACAGUACAGACAGCACCGACAGUACAGACGGCACCGACGGCACCGACGGCACCGACAGCACCGACAGCACAGACAGCACAGACAGUACCGACAGCACAGACAGUACCGACAGCACAGACAGUACCGACAGUACAGACAGCACCGACGGCACAGACGGCACCGACAGCACAGACAGUACCGACAGUACAGACGGCACCGACAGCACCGACAGCACCGACAGUACAGACAGUACCGACAGUACAGACGGCACCGACAGCACCGACAGUACAGACAGUACCGACAGUACAGACGGCACCGACAGUACAGACAGUACAGACAGUACAGACAGUACCGACAGUACAGACGGCACCGACAGUACAGACAGUACCGACAGUACAGACAGUACCGACAGUACAGACGGCACCGACAGUACAGACAGUACCGACAGCACAGACAGUACCGACAGCACAGACAGUACCGACAGUACAGACAGUACCGACAGCACAGACAGUACCGACAGCACAGACAGCACCGACAGUACAGACAGCACCGACAGUACAGACAGUACCGACGGCACAGACAGUACCGACAGUACAGACAGCACCGACAGCACAGACAGUACCGACAGCACAGACAGUACCGACGGCACAGACAGUACCGACAGUACAGACAGCACCGACAGCACAGACGGCACCGACGGCACAGACAGUACCGACAGUACAGACAGUACCGACAGUACAGACAGCACCGACAGCACAGACAGUACCGACAGCACAGACAGUACCGACAGUACCGACAGCACCGACAGUACAGACAGUACAGACGGCACCGACAGCACCGACAGCACAGACAGUACCGACAGCACAGACAGUACCGACAGUACCGACAGCACCGACAGUACAGACAGUACAGACAGCACCGACAGCACCGACAGCACAGACAGUACAGACAGUACCGACAGUACAGACGGCACCGACAGCACCGACAGUACAGACAGUACCGACAGUACAGACGGCACCGACGGCACCGACAGUACAGACAGUACAGACAGUACAGACAGUACAGACAGUACAGACAGUGUCCUUAAAACACACCAAAAGCUUUCAUUUACAGACGUGUUACAGACGUGUUACAGACGUGUUACAGCGUGUUACAGACGUGUUACAGACGUGUUACAGACGUGUUCCUAUCGUCUGCAGCGGUACCUUUGCUCUUGA